CCCUAGCGUUAAGGGCGAGGCGCGCAAUGGAGUCCGCCGUGACCAUCGGCUCGGUGCUAAGCGCUCAGUCGCAGCUCGAGGAAGAUUUAGAAGCGGCGGCAUCUCAAGAAGACAGGGAACGCCUCAUGUUUGAGUUCGUUAAAAGGGCGGACGCAGAGAGCGGCGCUAAGGUCGCGGAUUUUGGCACGGACCUGGAGUGGGUCAAUGUGGAGCGACCUCUUUCGCUGCACGCAGACCUACAGGGCAAGGUGCUGGUGGUGGACUUCUUCACCUUCUGCUGCAUCAACUGCAUGCACAUUCUCCCAGACCUGCAUGCCCUGGAAGAGAAGUUCUCAGAGAAAGACGGACUGCUGGUGGUCGGCGUGCACUCGGCCAAGUUUCCGCACGAGAAGCUCACGGCCAGCGUGCGCGCGGCCGUCCUGCGCUACGCCAUCGGCCACCCGGUGGCAUGUGACGGGGAAGCAAGCCUCUGGCAGGACCUGAGCGUGUCGUGCUGGCCCACGCUUUUGGUGCUGGGCCCUCGGGCCAACCCGCUGCUGGCGCUUGUCGGCGAGGGCCGAGCAGCCACACUCCACUCGUUUGUGUCGGCGGUGCUGCGCUAUUACCGAGAAAAGGGUGAGCUGAAUGCAAAGAGCGUCGGAGUGAAGCCGUACAAGGACUCCCUCCCGCCCUCCCUGCUGCUCUUCCCGGGGAAGGUGUGCGCGACGCGUGCCCUCGACGCCGAUGGCGAGGAGAGGCUGGUCGUGGCGGACACGGCCCACCACACCGUCCUCGUGACGGACAGCAGUGGCCGAGUGCUGCACUGCAUUGGAGAUCCCGAGCCGGGCUGUGUGGAUGGAGAAUUUUCGGAGGCUCGCUUCAACUCGCCCCAGGGAGUUUGUGUACGGGGUCAGCACAUCUUUGUGGCCGACACGAACAACCACCUCGUCCGGCUCGUGGAUAUGACACAGAAGAGAGUGAGUACACUCAUCGGCACGGGGUCGCAAGGCACGGACAAGGAGGGCGGCCUUCCUGGUCUAAAGCAGCCAAUCAGCUCCCCCUGGGACCUGGUCCUUGGCAGCAUUGCAGAUGGCGAACCCGACAGUGUCCUGUUCAUUGCCAUGGCUGGGACACACCAGAUCUGGGCAUACUUCUCAGAGGGAAAACUUCCCCGCAGUAGCCAGGAGCACAAAGCAGGAACUUGCGUGCGAUUGGCUGGAAGUGGCAACGAGGAGAACCGGAACAACUCAUACCCGCACAAGGCCAGUUUCGCACAGCCUUCGGGGCUCUCGUUCGCCCCUGAGGCUGGCGGUGGCUGCCUCUACGUGGCGGACAGCGAGAGCAGCACCGUGCGGGCCGUGUCUCUCCGCGAUGGAGCUGUCAAGGCGCUCGUCGGAGGCGAGAGGGACCCCAUGAACCUGUUUGCGUUUGGAGACGUGGAUGCGAAAGGCGUGGACGCCAAACUGCAGCACCCGCUGGGCGUGGCGUGGCACGAGACGCGUCGCCUGCUCUACGUGGCCGACUCCUACAACCACAAGAUUAAAGCCGUGGACACCAGCACAAGGGCGUGCGUGACCCUGGUGGGGUCGGGACGAUCCCCGGACCGCGGCCCCUCGGCUGCCCCGCUGGGACGCGACGCGCUGGCUGAGCCGGGCGGCCUGUGCGUGGGCGACGGCGGGAAGGUGCUGUACGUCGCCGACACCAACAACCACCGCGUGUGCGUGGUGGACCUGGACACGUGCGCCCUGUCCACGUUGCCAAUUCAUUUUCCGGACAAGGUGGAUAAAGUGGAGUCCGACAGCGGCCCUGCGCGGUCGCUGCUGUCGCGAUCGGCCACCACGCACGCCGUGGCGCCGCCGGUGGAGGUGGCGGUGGGGCGCGUGGUCUCGCUCGUGCUGGCGCUGAGCCUCCCUGAGGGGGCAGCUCUCACGGCAGGAGCGCCCAGCGCGUGGCAACUUCUCGGUCCCAAGUGGCUGCUGGGCAAUCAGUCGACCAGGGGCCAGCUGUCGCGUCCAUUGGCCGACACGACGGUGCCGCUGCUCGUGGCGUCCCGUGGGGGCCAGGACGGUGCCGAUUCGACCGUCACGCUGGAGGCCGCCGUGUUUUACUGCGCGGAGGCAAGCGGCACGUGCCUCAUGGGCGGCGUGGCGUUCAGCGUUCCGCUGCGGGUCGUGGCCGACGGCCCGGGUCGCGGGGACGUCACCGUCAGGUUGGAGCACCGAUUCUGAGCUCCUGGCGACGGGGCUGAUGUGGAGAGGCGUGGGGGGGGGGGGGGCCCUACGUGGUUCUGCAGUGUUGCGGUUCUCCCGUGUGUGCAGGAGACACGCAAAAUUCGGGAGCAUUGUCGGUGGUUGUGUUGUUGAUCAGUAUCACCGUCAGCGUCCGUGUGACUUCUUAACCCUUUCCCGUUCCGAUGACGUACGCACGAGUACGUCAUCAGUUUUUCUUCGAGCUCCGUUUCAACCGGAAGAAAAAAAAAUACUUUAUCAGUUCCGAGCUCACACAAGACCAUGCUUGAGAGCGUGUGACACAGUUUGUAUCGUAGAGUGCGUUCAUGUCGCUACAGCUGUCUCCGAAUUUCAGCGGCGAUCGGGAUCUACCCUGCAAAUUGCAGUCGUCUCGGAAUGGGAAAGGGUUGAUGCACAUAAUUCUCUAGCACAGCUGCCACUCUUGCCACAUUGCAGAAACCAAAUGACUAGAAUGGUCAACAAUCAUCUGGAAGAGAUAUCACCUACCAAUUAGCCCGACGAAUGGGGCUAAUUCACUUUUUUAAAUGUAAUCACUCCAAAUCUUAUACUUGAUCAUAAGUUCACCUUUGCUACUGAAGCUUGUUUUAUAUACUUUUGCUGGAACGAUUGCAAAGCUGCUGAAUCUUUAGGGUCUGUGUGGGUAGAUGAUUCUAUUCCUUUCAUGACCGGGCUAAAUCCUGAACAAUGCAAGUCUGGCCGUAUGGCAACUUUCCUCUGUUCACGAGUGGGGGGUUUGUGGGGGAGGUGGUCCUUCCAGUUUGGCAGAAAUCUCUACCAACGUGAGAACAUGGGCGUGCAUGUGUUUGUGCGAAUGUGUUGGGGGUGUACAUACGUGUGAUUAAAAUGCACAGCCAAUUACCACAGAGCACAAUUUUUGACAAAAAUAUGCAGCGUUUAGAGCUUUCAACGAACCUUGCCGAGAAACAAGCAGAUCAUAUGUACAAAUAUAUAUUUCAAAAGCCACAUUUUAAAAAAAUAGUUAGCCUAGCCAAUUUUCCGUAUCAAGUUCUGAAAUAGAAAAUACGUCGAUGACAUGGGUGCCUUAAUUAAUCACGUUUAUUUUGGACCAUUUUGUUGCCAAAACAAAUGUCAGGUUUUUUUAAAUGGCCGUAAUGAAUCGGUGGCGAAGUACAGAAAAAAAGUUAAAAUUAUCUGACAAAGUGUAACCUUGAGUGAAUGCUACCCGAUCCCCCCUGCCCCGAUGAAGGCAACGCCAGAAAAGCUGCGGCCUUUGCUCGGAUCUGAAGCUUGCUUUCAUUAUGCUUGGGUCCAGCACAGACAUGCAUUGUUCCUUCGCCUGGAUAUACUUCUUUGGGGCGCAUACACGGUAUUCAUAUGACUUCUCUGUGCACUAUAUUCUGCAAUAAUAUGCGGUGCACACUAGCCAUUUUUUUAAACAUAUAUAUGAGUACUCUACGUAUUCACACGUAUAGUAAGUUAAUAGAAUAUACCAAAGGAUUUUGUCAUGGAAAAUGUGAAAAUAAAUGGCGU